CAGUCUAGAAUUUAGUCUCAUGCAGAGCGUGUUGGCAGGAUCCCGCUUGUGCUGUAAUAAUAAGAGGCGUUUCUUCUACAGUGUCAGAAUUGUUAUUUGGUGUUCAACUACAGCCAGCCGAAUGUCGCUGGAACCCUUUACGAGCAGACGUAGUGCCCUGGUUUUCCUCAUCUUACUCAUCGUAGCGUCGAUUUUCUUUUGUUUACAAUACGUGGGAAUACGAGCCGCUGUCGACACGGUUGUCGGCCGCCCGUGUCCGAAAUCCCCCGACGUCGUCGAUUAUUGGCGGACCGUCAAUGUGGACGAAAUGACGGCGGAGCAGAUGAUGAGCUACUUCCUGUUUGCCAAUCGCACGUCUUGCCGUCUGGCCCACGAUUUCGGCGGCCAUGUCAAGCGCAAGCCGGCCGGACUGGACGGACAGAAAGCCGUUUGUCUCAUUCCAGCUCAAGUGGCACCGCCGGCUGGCGACUGUCUCGUCUACUCCUUCGGCAUCAACAACGAGUGGUCCUUCGACGACCAGAUGGAACGCUACGGCUGUCAAGUCUACGCUUUCGAUCCUUCGAUGAAAGCCGACGAUCACGACCGUAGCCCGGCCGUCCAUUUCUUCAAGCUCGGACUCAACAGUCGCGAUUCGACCAGCAAGAAAGGAUGGCACUUCCGCUCGCUCGCCUCCAUCUACCGGAUGCUGAAGAAGCGACACGGCGAACAUGUGAUCGACUAUCUCAAGAUGGACAUCGAGUUCGACGAGUGGGCCGUUAUUCCUCAGAUCAUCGAAUCGGGAAUGUUGGACAAGGUCCGGCAGCUGGCCGUCGAGAUCCACCUGUCCACCGAGGAUUCCCUGACUAGGAUGAGGGAUCGCGUGCGCAUCAUACGCUCCAUCGAAGAGCGGGGAAUGAUCCGCUUCGAUUCCAAGUUGAAUCCUUGGUUCGCGGGAAAUUUUAAACUGUUGGGCGUGUCCGGUCCUCGAGGCUACGAGAUCGCUUGGUACAACAGCAAGUUUUUAAAUGCCUGAUCGUCAUAUAGCUGUGAUUAUUAUGGUUUAUUUUUGUAACCCUCACUUGAAAGUCAUAAGUAUAAAUUCGUGAAAUUCGCGUUGGCCUAGUAAAACAAUUUCAUAGUGAUUAAAUAUGUAUUGGACUUCCACAAGUGUUAAAUUUUUAAAUUUUGGUGUUGAUAAUAAUUAAUGGUUCUGUUAUUGUUUGUAAAUAGUGCUCAUCAGUGAUGGAUAAGGGUCUCAGCAGAUUGGGGGUCAUCUUGCAGUUGACCUGGCAAUAAAAGUAGCGAAUCGUCUGUUGAA